AUGAAUUUACUUUUUUCUAAAGAGGAGGAGUUUGAAGAAAUCACAGUAUUUGAGAUCCCUCCUGUUGGAAAAGAUUAUAAGACUACUGAAGAUAUUUAUGAUUUAUGCCAAACUGUGAAAAUGAACAGCCAAAGCAUCACAGAAAUUAUUCUGGGACACAAUACUUAUUCUGAUGACGUUAUGGAAGAGCUUGCAGAAGCCAUCCAAGAGUGCUCGAACAUCACAAUUGCAAACUUGAGCUCAAUUUUCAGAGAAUGGGAUGACUUUUACACCCCAAAAAUACUGGACACUUUGAGCAGAACGCUUCUGGGGUUUCGCGAACUCGAAGAGUUGGACCUUUCCAACAACUUUUUAACUGUACAGGCUGUAGAUAUUGUCGGCUUUUUGUUGGAAAAUACCCCAACGUUAAAAAUUUUGAGGAUCGAUAACAACCGACUAGGUGCUGAAGGAGGAGUGAAGUUGGCGGAGUCUUUGAAGAACUCUGCAGAGCUGAAACUUUUCGUUUUUUCUGCAGAAAACACAAAACUUGAGGACGCUGGAAUUGUCAGCUUGAGUGAGGUCUUCGGGGAAAUGCAGAGCUUAAGGGAAAUAUGUGUGAGCAAAAACGAUAUAAAAAAGCAAGGGAUUAUUGCGCUAAGUAAAGCAUUGGUAAAAAACGAUGAGCUGCAGAUUUUAAGAAUUGCAGACAAUUUCAUCAGCGACCCUGCUGCCUUUUCCAAGUUGCAUGGAGCGUUAAAAAAUUUGCGGUUUCUGAGUAUCAUUGAUGUUGCUGACUGCUGCUUGGGAAACAAAGGUGUAGGUUGCUUGCUAGAUUCAUUGCACCCGUCUGAAAAUUUGCUUGAACUUCAUUUGGAAUAUAAUGAUUUGGAUGAUACACAGAUAGGAGAAAUUCUUGUCAACUUUAUUUUAUCCAAAAGAUAUUUAGAAGUAAAUUUUAUUCAGGUCUUAAACUUAGCAGGAAGCAAUUUUGAUGAAGAAACAAUCGAAAAAAUAAGAAAAGCCGCAGGAAAAUUUGACAAAGAGCUGAGAAUCAUCAUUGAAGAGAAUGAGAGUAAAAAUGACUCCUUUUUUGAUUCUUGCUUGGAUAUCAACGAAAAUUCACUCCAUCAUGAUUUUAUGUAUAUAUGUUAA